AUAAAUAUAAAUCGUCGUCGUCGUCUUCUUCUUCUUCUUCGUUUCUUCUUUACUCUCCAAUUCCAUUAAAGCACACUGAUUUCUCCGGCGAACCUGUUCAUCCUUUCUUUCUUUCUCAAAUUCAAGCAAAAACCCUAAAUUCUCUCUCUCUCGCCUUUCCAGUUAGGUUUGUAGUCUCUCAACUUCAUUUCUGUAGGUAUCUUAAUUUUCAUUUCUGCGUUACAAAAUUAGUACUGAGCUCAGAUUCUAAGCGAAAACGAAAUCCUGGUUGUCUCAGUAAGCGUGUCUUCACAACAUGGGUUAUGGUUCUGAUAGCGGUUCUCAAGAUGGAAGAGAUGAAGAUGACGAGGAUGAUUACGAAGAGGCUGGUGGUAGUAACCGGCUUUUGGGAUUUAUGUUUGGCAAUGUUGAUAACUCUGGUGACCUCGAUGUUGAUUACCUUGAUGAGGACGCGAAAGAGCAUCUUUCUGCUCUAGCUGACAAGCUGGGGUCAUCCCUGACAGAUAUUGACUUAUCCGUUAAAUCAUCACGAACAGCAGCAGACAAUGCUGAUCAAGAUUAUGAUGAGAAGGCUGAAGAUGCAGUUGAUUACGAAGACUUUGAUGAGCAAUAUGAAGGACCGGAGGUUCAAGCGGCCACUGAGGAGGACUAUCUUUUGUCCAAAAAGGCAUACAUUUCUAACUCACUGGCUAUUUUGAAGCCUACACCGUCUGUAUUUGACGAUGAAAAUUAUGAUGAAGAAAUUGAAGAGGAACAAGAGGUGGUUGAUAAUGAUACAAAGGUUCAGAAUACCACUCUUUUGGGUGAAGAGGUUAAAUCUCCUGAGGUGGAUUCUAUCAAAGAGAAGUCUUCUGAGGAUGAUCACGAGACUGACUCUCAUGAUACAGAAACGUUGGCCUCUGACAUAGAAGAAUCUCAGGAGGAGCUAUCAGAAAAAGACCCCACACCAUUGCCAGUUUUAUGUAUAGAAGAUGGAAAAGUUAUUUUACAGUUCUCUGAAAUCUUUGGAAUUCAUGAGCCCGUUAAGAAAAGGGAUAAGAGAGAUCAUAAGUAUUUUGUUCCUAAAGAUAGGUUUAAAUCCAUUGAUGUUUCUAAUAUUGUUGAAGAAGAUGAAGAAGAGUUUUUGAGAGGUUCUGGUCAGAGUUUUAUGUCUCUUAAACAAGAGGAAUUUUAUAAGGAUGACCAUGAUGACAUUGAGUCAGAAUCCCAAAAUUCCGGUUCUUUGCAAGGGGUUGCCUUAGCGGGUUCACAGUAUGAUGGGUCAAGAAAAGAUUCCUUUCUCUCUGCAGAGCCAAUGAAGGAAGAGACAGUCAUAUGCCCUGCUGGUAGGCAUUCACCGUCAAGUGCUACAUUUUAUCCUCUUGAUCAACUAGACUGGGAGGUUGGGAUUGUCUGGGAUAAUUCUCCCGUUGUUAGUGAAAAUUCUGUUGGAAGCACUGAACUCCAUUUUGAAGCUACAGUAACUGAUAGUGAAACAGAAUCUGAGGCUAGGCUGCAAAAUCACAAAGUAAAUACAGUAGUAGUAGCUGAUGAGAAGACUCACAAGAAUUUAGUACAUAGUUCCCCAAUUAUAUUGGAGCAGUUUGGCACAAGAACAUCAGGAUCUUCAAGCCUUCCAUUCUCAGAAGGUAGAUAUCAUCCACAACUUUUGAGACUGGAAUCUCGAUCUGAAGUGAAUGACUCUAAUCAGGAUUAUGAGGGAAUGGAGAAAGUUGUUGAGAAGCAGCCUCAUCGAACUGGUGCUGCAAAACAAUUUAGCAAACUUAUAUCGUUAAACAAAGACAUGCUAGAAGGAUCUUGGUUGGACAGUAUAAUAUGGGAGCAAGGAAGACCUAUUAGAAAGCCAAAGCUUAUUCUUGAUCUUCAGGAUGAGCAGAUGCUUUUUGAAAUUUUGGAUAGCAAGGAUGGUAAGGAUCUGAGGCUUCAUGCUGGGGCUAUGAUUGUUACCCGCUCUGUAAAGUCGGGCCACGGUGAUUCUCUUGAGUUGCCAGGUCAUGGAGGACAAUCUGUUUGGCGACUAGUCGCUAAUGACAAACACUAUUCAAACAAAAAAACAUCUCAGCAAAUGAAAUCAAACUCAAAAAAGCGAACAGCUCAGGGUGUCAAACUUUAUCACUCACAACCUGCAGUUACACUACAGACGAUGAAGCUGAAGUUGAGCAAUAAGGACAUAGCUAAUUUUCAUCGACCUAAAGCUUUGUGGUAUCCCCAUGACAAUGAAGUGGCUCUAAAGGAACAAGGGAAGCUGCCUACUCAAGGACCAAUGAAACUUAUUGUAAAGAGCUUGGGUGGGAAAGGAAGUAAACUCCAUGUGGACGCUGAGGAAACCAUCUCCUCUGUUAAGGCUAAAGCUUCAAAAAAGCUAGAUUUCAAGUCAACUGAGACAGUGAAGCUGUUUUAUCGAGGGAAAGAGCUUGAAGACGAUAAAUCUCUUGUUACCCAAAAUGUGCCACCAAACUCUUUGCUUCAUCUUGUUCGUACAAAAAUACAUUUGUUGCCAAGAGCACAGAAGCUGCCUGGUGAAAAUAAGUCUUUACGCCCUCCUGGAGCAUUUAAGAAGAAAUCUGAUCUUUCUGUGAAAGAUGGCCAUGUUUUCCUAAUGGAGUAUUGUGAGGAAAGACCUUUACUUUUGAGUAACAUUGGAAUGGGUGCAAGACUCUGCACUUAUUAUCAGAAAUCAGCUCCAGAUGAUCAAACAGCCAUUUCAAUGCGCAGUGCAAACAACAACUUUGGACAUGUUGUCUCCUUAAAUCCUGCUGAUAAAUCACCUUUCCUUGGAGAUAUAAAAUCUGGUUGCAAUCAGUCAUCUCUAGAAACCAAUAUGUAUAGAGCACCCUUAUUUUCCCAUAAGGUUCCUGCAACUGAUUAUUUGCUAGUUCGUUCUGCAAAGGGAAAACUCUCUUUAAGACGCAUUGACAGGGUUAAUGCUGUUGGACAACAGGAGCCUCUCAUGGAGGUAAUGUCUCCUGGAACUAAGAACCUUCAAAAUUAUAUGAUUAAUAGGCUCUUGGUUCACAUGUGCCGUGAAUUCCGAGCUGCUGAAAAACGCCAUAUGACUCCUUGCAUCCGUGCUGAUGGAUUGCAAUCACAGUUUCCUUAUCUUUCUGAAGUUUUUAUUAAAAAGAAGCUCAAGGAAUAUGCAAAUAUGCAUGUGCAGAGAGGGUCAAUUGCACAAUCAAUUUGGGUUAAGAAAAACAACUUUCGCAUUUUCUCGGAGGAUGAACUGAGAAAUAUGGUGAAACCUGAGGAGGUCUGUGCCUAUGAAAGCAUGCAAGCCGGUUUAUAUCGGCUUAAACAUUUAGGGAUUACUGAAACUCAUCCAAAUGCCAUAUCAUCUGCUAUGAGUCGUCUGCCUGAUGAAGCUAUAGCUCUGGCUGCGGCAUCACACAUUGAAAGGGAAUUGCAAAUUACUCCUUGGAACUUGAGUAGCAAUUUUGUCGCUUCUACACAGGGAAAAGAAAAUAUUGAGCGUAUGGAGAUUACUGGUGUUGGCGAUCCAUCUGGUCGUGGUCUAGGAUUUAGCUAUGUCCGUGCUGCUCAAAAAACACCAGUGCCAAGUGCUGUGGUGAAGAAAAAAUCUGCUGCUGGUCGAGGAGGUACCACUGUUACUGGAACAGAUGCUGAUCUACGUAGAUUGAGCAUGGAGGCUGCACGUGAGGUUCUUCUCAAAUUUGAUGUUCCUGAUGAAGUGAUUGCAAAGCAAACAAGGUGGCAUAGGAUUGCCAUGAUACGCAAGCUGUCAAGUGAACAAGCUGCAUUAGGGGUAAAAGUUGACCCCACUACAAUUAGUAAAUAUGCACGUGGGCAGCGGAUGUCCUUUCUUCAGCUGCAGCAACAGACCAGAGAGAAGUGUCAGGAAAUCUGGGAUCGGCAAGUUCAGAGUCUUUCAGCCUUUGACGGUGAUGAAAAUGAAAGCGACUCUGAAGAAAAUAAUAGUGAUCUGGAUUCAUUUGCUGGGGAUUUAGAGAAUCUGCUUGAUGCGGAAGAGUGUGAAGAAGGGGUAGAGGAGUCCAAGAAUGAUAAAGCAGAUGGUGUUAAAGGCCUCAAAAUGAGAGGACGUCCUUCAUUAGCUCAGGCAGAAGAAGAAAUUGAAGAUGAAGCAGCUGAAGCAGCUGAAUUAUGCAGGUUGCUUAUGGACGAUGAUGAAGCUGCGGGUAAGAAGAAGAAGAAGGUGAGAUUGAUGGGAGAGGAAGCUGGAUUGACUCCAGCACCCCGAAUAAAUUAUGGUGUUGAGAAUGCAGAUCGUGUCAAGCUAAGUACUAGCACAAACCCACAUGAUGGACCAUAUUCAUCAAAAGAAAAUACUAUUGCAGAGGCCAAAGUGGUGGAGAAUCUUCUUCUGAAAAGGAACAAAAUUGGAAAACUAAAACAAAAGAAAAAGAAUGAUGAUACUGUAAACAUAAAUUUAACCAAUAAAAAAAUCAAAAUAGCAGGAGAUACUACUGUCAAGAUGUUUAAGGAAAAAAAGAACGCAAGGGAAAGUUUCGUCUGUGGAGCAUGCGGUCAGCUUGGACACAUGAGGACAAACAAAAACUGCCCAAAAUAUAGAGAGGUCGACACAAAUGUUGAUACUCCGGAACCAGAGAAAGCAGUUGGAAAAUCCGCUACAUUGACUCAAUCUGCUCCUUCCCAGACAAAAGCUACAACAAAGAAGCUUAUACCUAAAAGUGCAACCAAAAUAGCUCUGGUUGAGGCUUCUGAGGGAGAGAACAUUACUCCAGGAACAAAAGUACCAGUGAAGUUUAAAUGUAGUUCAGCAGACAAGGUUCCUGAUAGAUUUUCUGUUGGAGUGACUCAGAGCAUUGAUCAACCAAUGACAUCUGAUACUGAAACUGGGAGGUCUGCAGUUAAAGUUAACAAAAUAAUAAUUUCAAAUAAAGCGAAACCUGAAGAUGUGCAAGUUGAAUCUCAUAAGCCCCCCAUUGUGAUUCGGCCACCAACUGACAUGGACAGAGGCCAAGUUGAACCACAGAAACCAACUAUUGUUAUUAGGCCACCAGCUAACAUAGAGAGGGACAGGUUUGCAUCUCAUAAAAUAUCAAAACGGCCACGAACAGAAAAAGAUAGAGAACACUCUCACAAGAAAAUUAUAAUUAGGAGGCCAAAAGAAAUUAUUGAUGUGGAUCAGAUCGCUCAGGAUGGUGGCAGUAGUAUUGAUCACAGGAAGACUAAAAGAAUUGUGGAAUUGUCCAGUUUUGAAAUGCAUAGAAAUCAGGAGAAUGUUUAUUUGGCUGAGGCAGCUAAAAAGAAGGCUAGAGACAAAAGGAAACGGUGGGAAGAGCAGGAGAGGCGUAGAAAUGAAGAGAUGCUUCGAGAAGAGAGGGCUAGAAGGAUUCGUGAAGAGGAAAUGAAGAUGCUGGAAGAACAAGAAAGAGUUGCUGAGAUUAGAAGAUAUGAAGUAUCCAUCAGAAGAGAGAGGGAAGAAGAAGAGCGCCAGAAAGCCAAGAAGAAGAAAAAGAGGAAAAUGCCUGAGAUAGAAGAUGAUUAUAUAGAAGACUCCAGAGCAAGAAGAUUUGACAAGAGAUUGCCAGAUAGGGAACGGAGUACAAAACGAAGAUCUGUUGCUGAGUUGGGAAGGUAUGGUGCCGAAUCUGCUGCAACAACAAAACGAAGAAGAGGAGGAGAGGUUGGUUUGGCAAACAUCUUGGAGCAGAUUGUGGAGACACUUAAAGACCGAAUUGAAGUGUCUUAUCUUUUCUUAAAACCUGUAUCGAAAAAAGAGGCUCCUGACUACCUUGACAUAAUAGAGCGGCCGAUGGAUCUUUCUACCAUAAAGGAAAAGGUUAGGAAGUUGGAGUAUAAAAGCAGGGAACAAUUCAGGCAUGAUGUGUGGCAAAUAGCUUUCAAUGCUCAUCAAUACAACGAUGGGCGUAAUCCAGGUAUACCUCCAUUGGCAGAUCAGCUUUUGGAGCUUUGUGACUACAUUCUGAAUGAGAAUGAUGAAAGCUUAACUGAUGCUGAAGCAGGCAUUGAAUCUAGGGAUUUUAUGUAGUCUUAAAUCACUUAUGUCUGCUAUUCCUUUUGUUGUUCCAUCUAUAUAUUAUAAAAAGAAAAAAUUUGCAGUUGUAUAUUAAAUUGGUAGUUCCUCUUGUAAAUUAUUGUUGUAUCAACCUUUUUGUAUAGUUUGUACAUAAAUUUUUGGGGUUAAAGUGGCUUCAGCUCUGUGUUGUGCAUUAAUGAGAAAGCAGACUCUAGGUGGGUCUUUUAUUCUACA